GGAGCCGCUGUUUGUGCGCUCGGGGCCGCGCCGGGAGGGCCCGGAGGACCGCGGUGCCAGCGCCCAGCCCGGCCAUGGCCGCGCGCGGGGCCCAGCGGCCCAACGGGCACUCGCAGCCCAGUAAGAUCUGCCAGUUCAAACUGGUGCUGCUGGGAGAGUCGGCCGUGGGCAAGUCCAGCCUGGUGCUGCGCUUCGUCAAGGGCCAGUUCCACGAGUACCAGGAGAGCACCAUCGGCGCGGCGUUCCUGACGCAGUCCGUCUGUCUGGACGACACCACGGUGAAGUUCGAGAUCUGGGACACGGCGGGGCAGGAGCGCUACCACAGCCUGGCCCCCAUGUACUACCGGGGGGCCCAGGCUGCCAUCGUGGUCUACGACAUCACCAACCAGGAGACGUUUGCCCGUGCCCGGGGCUGGGUGAAGGAGCUGCAGCGCCAGGCCAGCCCCAGCAUCGUCAUCGCCCUGGCUGGGAACAAGGCUGACCUGGCCAGCAAGAGGAUGGUGGAGUACGAGGAAGCCCAGGCCUACGCUGAUGACAACAGCCUGCUCUUCAUGGAGACCUCGGCCAAGACAGCCAUGAAUGUCAACGACCUCUUCCUGGCCAUCGCCAAGAAGCUGCCAAAGACGGAGCCGCAGAGCACGAGCGGGGCCGGGGGCCGGGGCCGGGGCGUGGACCUGAGCGAGCAGAGCCCGCAGGGCCGCGGGCAGUGCUGCAGCAACUGAGGGAUCUAUGGGAUCCACUGGGAUCCACUGGGAUCAGAGCUGGGAUC